GCGCCUGGUGACUCUGGUCGCGGCAGCCGCUGCACGAGACAAGUCUGCUCGGUUUUCUCUCCGCCCACCCCGAAGAGCCGGUACCUCACGGGCUUAGCCACUUGCUCGUUCUUAAUUGGGUUCGGACCCGCAUGGCGUGCUAUCUGGUGAUCAGCUCCAGGCAUCUCAGCAAUGGGCACUACCGUGGCAUUAAAGGGAUCUUCCGGGGACCGCUUCGCAAGAACGGCUCAGACAACGCGGAUUUUGCUGAAAAGGAGAAGGCAGCAGCAAGGGCUUUGGAAGAUGUGAAGGCUAACUUUUACUGUGAAUUAUGUGACAAGCAGUACCAUAAACACCAUGAGUUUGACAACCAUAUCAAUUCCUAUGAUCAUGCACAUAAGCAGAGAUUGAAAGAGCUGAAACAAAGGGAAUUUGCACGAAACGUGGCUUCAAAAUCCUGGAAGGAUGAAAAGAAGCAGGAGAAAGCUCUCAAACGACUUCAUCAGCUGGCUGAGUUGCGGAAGCAGUCAGAAUGUGUUGCCGGAUGCAGACCCAUGUUUAAAAGUCCCCAGGUAGUUGUAGAACAACCACAGCAACAAGCACAAGACACUUUUCUCUUAGCUCAAGAAGACAAAGACAAGACUGCAGAUGAAGCGAAAAGCUCCACCAGCCACCAUUCCGAAAAACUGCAGGAACCUUUGCUAAACAAGGAUCAAUCGUGCAUAGAGAGACACCGUUUGCUUAAAAACCAUAUGUCUCCAGGAUUCCCCUGCAGCACGAAUGCUUGUAACAGGACAGGGGUGUCCUUUUCCUUUUCUAAAAAAGUCCACUUGAAGCUUGAGUCAUCAGCAUCUGUCUUCAGUGAGAAUGUGGAAGAAGCACAUGAACACGUUGGGUCACCAAAGCAAAAACUGAAUCAAGUUGCCGACGAAUGUUACACUUGCACACAUAUGAGUAGCAAGAGGAAAACCAAUGUGCAAAAGCGAUUAAGCACACUUCAGGGCCCGGAAUUAUACAAUCUGUCAGGAAAAAAUAAACCACAUAAAGAAAAUAACCAAAACAGCAACAGAGAAUCAGCGGAAACUCAUCUUCCAUUUUAUAAGGAGAAACAGCAUUCUCUAGAUUUGGAAUGUACCAGCUCUCCUGAUAUAAAAUCAAGACAGCCGGUCAAGACUCGGAAAUCUAUACAAAGCUUCAUCACAUCUCAGUGCCAACCUACCAGUGCUUGUAUACAGCAAACAGAUUACAGACACAGCAACAUCUUGCUAACAGAAUGUGACUCUGAAUUCUCAUGCCAACAGUCAUCUGAAGGAGGACAUUCAUGUGCCAUGCACUUUAAUCCCUGUAUAUUCAAAUGUUCUUCUGAUUCUUCAAAAAAUGUCGCUUCAGAUAAUGAAACUUCAAAAACUGAUGGUUUGGUUCAUGAAAUUAAGCCUAAAACAUUUCCUUUUCUUCACGUACUGAGUAAAGAUGGCAGCAAAGCCUUCCAUUGGCCCAUAGAACUUCUUUUGUUUACAAAAACAGAACCUUCUAUUUCUUAUGGGUGCAAUCCAUUAUAUUUUGACUUUAGACUUCCCUUAUCCAAUAAAGACAUUGGGCAGCAUGAAGUCAAUCCAGAUGUUUCUAUAGAAUAUUCAAGAACUAUGGAUAUAGAUGAAAAUCAUGCCUUGGAUCUUUCCAAGAAGAAGCAGUUGUCCAUUAGAAAAGAUAACAUUUUAAAGCCAAAGAAGAACAGUGCUCUGUAUCUCAAAAAAUGUCAGCCAAAAUUAUAUAAAGAAAAAGAAAACGAAAUUAAUUGUAGUGCUCCAAAGUACAUUUCGGAUGAUUUGAAUGAGAACAUACCCAAUGUGCCUGCUCACCUUGAUUGCUUGCAAAGGCAUUGUACAAUAGCAACAAGUCACCAUACAGAAUUGUGUAUGAGGUCUUUAGCACAACACUUUCAUAACUGUGAAACAACGGUACAGGAUGAAGUUGGUGAAAAUGUUUGCAUUUAUCCUUUGGCAUCUAGGGCAAAAAAGGAAAAAUGUGGAAAAUGUGAUUUAAUGUAUUCUCACGAGCAAACAAAUCUGGAUUUGGUCACUUGUACAAGUAGUAUAAAUGAAAGUGGAAAAGAUACACUUCUUGGUUGUAAAUUAGACUGCCCUGAUGAAUGCUUGGAAAAGGAAAACAAUGUGAGUUUUGCUAAUGAUUUUUGGAAAUUCUGCCCUUUGCAAAAACCUUGGUCUGACAGACAGUCUAAUUAUUCUGACAUCUCCACCAAUAGUGAGACUAGUGACAUAAGUUGCUACUGUAAUCAUAGAUCAAGCAAUCAUAGUAGACGUAAUCUGCCUUCUUGUUGCAAAAGGAAACAAAAGUCAAUUGGAAGACAGAAAUGUAAACACCAAAAGCACAACUGCCUUUCCUCUUCUGAUGAAGCAGACGUGGACUGCUUUAUCCACAAAAAAAGCCAGCGAUCUGCAGAUUGUACUCAGAGACAUCCAAUAAAAUGUCAACGAUAUUUGAGAUAUGGGCACUUGCUACAAAGAGAAAGAGCAAAGCAAAGUAGAAAUAGAUAUCUUGUCUGUAAACACAACAGGAGCAGAUGUACCAGCUCCCAAGUUUCUUGCAUCCAUGAUUCUGGAAGCAGUGAAACAUCAUCAAGUUCCACUCAAUCUAGAGGUAGCAAUUCAGGAUCAUUCAUGAAGGAAUCAGUGCAUAUCUGGAACAAACACAAAAAGACUGUGAGAACUGGUAAAGAAAAAAAACUCUGCUCUGCCCAUUCAGAGAACCAGAAUGUGAACUGUGCUUCUAAGCAUAAGCAUGGAAUUUGUUCUGUCAACUGGUUAGAAAAGGAAGCAGCAAGACAGAAGUCUCUAACUGCCAAGCUACUUUUACAAAAGGUAAAAUCCAAAAGAAAGCAGGGGCAAAUUGGAAGCACUGGCAGCUUUUCGAAGGCUUGCAGGAUAGAUGCCCCCUGUAAUGUGCCUGGCACAUUUUCCAUGGAGAGUGAAACAAUACUGCCUUCCCAGGAGAAAACACACAGUGCUGACAUGAACUGUGUGUGGAAUCAUGAAACUGGGGAAGUGGAAAACAACACAAAUGAACGUUUGGCCCUAGAUAAUAUUAUGGGUAACACAUACAGUAAUUGCCUGCUCCAAGACUUAAUUCAAAGAGGAACCUCCUACCAAACCCUAAAUAUGGAAGCAAGCACAACAAUAAAAGAGAAGACAGAUUUCUUAACCGAUGAAACACAACUUCUUCUGCCAAGCUGUGAUCCAAUGACAGGUGAUUUUCCUCGUGCUUUUGUUUCUCAUAGAUAUUCUCUUGCUCCAAAUGUUACUGACACCAAAGAAGAAUACAACGCGAGGGCGGACUUGCAUCAAACAGAAGAGGAGCUAAACUAUUUCCCUGACAAUGCUAUGCAUAAAUCCAAUGAAACAGAAUAUGAGACUGAUCUUUAUAAUAAGUGCAUCUCUCCUCCUUUAUCACAACAUCCAAUAAUAUUUUCCCCUGAUGAAAUAGAUAAAUACAGGUUUCUACAGCUACAGGCCCAGCAGCACAUGCAGAAACAACUUGUAACAAAACAUCUCAAGGUUCUGUCAACUACUGAACCAGCCACAUUCUCUGCAUCUCCAGCAGUUCAGUCUGUUCCAAUCCAGCAGCACACUUCUGUUGCCACCCUCCACCAAACCUUUUUGCAAAGCUUGGCUUUGUCCAAUGGGGCUCAUCCACACAGCAGUAAUCUAACCCAUAUAUAUCCAUUCUCACAGGCUCAUCUUGCGCCCGUAUCAAUUUCGCCAUUUGCUUCAACCUUCCUGCCAAGUCACGCAGCACUAUUGUCUGGUCAUCCUUUCCACUUGGUAUCAGCCACUCCUAUUCACCCUGUCACCCAACUGGCAAUCCCAUCCCUGCCUCCUACUGCCUUUAUUCCUACUUGGUUCACUCCACCGCUGAAUGCAACUGCAUCUUCCACAAUGCAUUUCAAUCCUUUAAUUUAUCCAUUUUUCCAGGGGCAGAAACUUCCACCUUAUUCUUGAAUAUGGCAAGCACAUUGGUUCUCUGAACUGGGGGGGAAAAAGUAAGUUAAAAAAUAUAGUUAAAUAGCAAGGUCACUGUCCCACAUUCCAAAAAGCAAUUUAGAAUGGAAAGUCCCAUUUAGUAAUGUAAUUGUUUUCUGUAUGAGAAGUCAUGGUUUAUAUACUCCAAAUAUAUCAAGAAUGCUGAGCAAAAUCAAAGUUGGGCUGACACAGCACAUAAAUUUGAUCAUUAAACUGUUGAGAAGAGAGUUAUUUGUCACAAAGCCAUGUCUACUUCUUACUGCAGUCUCUUGCAAUUUGGCACAGUCCAGAUAUAAUUUGACUGCAGCUUCCAAAAUUCCCAAACUAUUUGGAAGGUGCCUGAUUAGGAGGUAUUGUCUGACAACUCUUUUUAAGGUUUAGCAUGGCCUUUGCACUAUAGUAGGUAUUUUCUUUUUUAAAAAAAAUCUGUAUGUACUUUCAAAAAAAGAUGCAUGCAAAAUGGUUAACCUUGGAAAGCUUUUGGAGUACAUAAACUCCACAUCCUCCCAUCAUCAUGCAACUGGCAGCACAUAACUGAUUUUAAGCAAUGCAAUUUUUCUUGUUGUUUAAAAGAUGCAAUAAAAAUGAAAUAAGUAACCAAUGCCACAGAAAUACUGGCUGAAAAUUUUGCCCCCUCCCUCAGGAACAAGAUUGCAUCCAAGCUCUUGCAUAAUCAUUGCUUGGAAAGUCAAAUAAUAAUCAUGCAAGGAGGAGAAGGAAGAUGUGCGAUCCACAAUCUAAAAAUGGGGCCUUUCUCCCUCCACAUGCUUGCAUUUAGAAAUCAAUAAAUAAAGGCACCAUCAAAACAAGCUUCACUGCGUAUCAUGAAAUUGUACACACAUCUAAAAGGAGCAAAACUUUCCUGCUGAACACUUCAGUUUAGCUUCCAAGGCCAGAAAAAUUACUAAGGUGUUUCCAGGAAUGCUCUAUCACUUGUGGCCUUUAUGAUAAAAGCAAAAUCUAGUUUUUUCUUGUUCAGAAAGAUUCAUAAUCACUGAAUCAGAUUAGAAGACUGUGAAUAUAAUUACAUUACUAAUGUACUUAUACAUUAAGAUUACAAAUGUAUGCACAGAUUCUUUGAAUAAACUACACUUUCCAAACACACACACACACACACACACACACACACACACACACACACACUUCCUAGUUUCCAGUUCAGACUUUAAACAAAGAUUAUAUGGAACAAAUUUUGUGAGCCUGGUAUCUAUUAAAAAUCAACUGAACCAUAAUAUAUAUAAAUCAUCUGUAAUUUUGGUACGUUUGCAUUUCUUUUAAGUUGAGGCUGUACAUAUGAAUAUAUAUUGAGAUUAUUAAUUUAACUGAAUUGAUUUUAAAAUUAUGUGGUUCAGGAUGUUGCUAAGGACAGUUAUUAGAAAUUGCCCCAAUAGACUAAAAAGGUAGAAUAGAAAUAUUUCAUCAUUUUGUCCAAUCAGAAAGUAUUUUUCAGUACUGGUAAGAUCCAAAAUUAGGCAAUGCAGAUUUUUAACCAGAUUCAAGGCUGGUUUAUGGCUUUAAAAGACAAAUAUUAGUCCUUUAUAUUUUAUAAUUUCCUUUACUUAAAAUAGCCAUUAAAGUUAUUAUUUGUCCAGCUUGCAAAUGGGAAAUUUAAAACAUACAGUGACUGAAAUUUCAAGCAAAUCACCUGCCACUACAUAUAUGUCCCUUUUCUUGUCAUGAUCUAAUUUAACAAUUAGAAGAUUGAAUUCAGCUAUUCAGAUUGACUUCUGUUCUACACAUGCUGAAAAUCUUGAUCCCAGUGCAAAAUACAAUUCCUCACCAUAAGUUGGUAGAAAAUAAUUGCUUUGUAGUGACAUAAAAGUGAUUAGAUGAAGUUAAUCAAUAAACUGUAAUGGUUUUCCUGUUAAUUAAAUUAUAUAUAUAUUCUGAACACAACUAUUUGUUAUGCAGGUUUGCAGAAAAGAUGAAAAUAUAAAAAUCAUAAAUAUGCCAUUUGAUUCAUUUUUCAAGUAUUUCAUUUCUUUCAAAGCUAGUUUUCUGGCUAAUAUUCUAUAUAAUUAGUCUGUUUUUUAUUCUCUGUAAAAU